GGGCCCAGGGGAAGCUUUCAGACUCCCCUCACUGGCCCCUGCCGCCUGGGAGCCAGGCGUGGACACGGUGCCACUUGGGACACCCAGCCAUCACAAGGCCCAGGCCUAGGGGGCAGGGAGGGCAGUAUUGGGUAAAUGGGUCAGCAUGGCCAGGCAGACACUGCUGCCCCCCAUUCAGAAGUACAAGAAAGGUAUGUGUAGAGACACCACCCAGAGCCGGGCCUGGGACUGUCUGUAGGGAAUGAUGGGACUUGAGGGCCAUGGGCCAGGCCACAUCACGGGCGUGCGAUGAGCACACAUGUACCCUUAGAGUCAUGCUUGGGCACGCACCCUACUCCUUCUUGCUGCUUCCUCUUGGCUUUGAAGACACUGUUAGCCAGUACUUGUCAGUUACUUCCUCCCGAGCCAGAGAGGCAGAAAGGGCCUCUCCUAGUCCCAGACCAGGCCGGCACACUGUCACCCAUGGGCAAAAGAGCUUCUCUGAAUGCUGUCCCCAGGCGGGACAGAGGUGGGAAGGGGUCCAGGACUGAGUAAGUUGUUACUCUGCUACCCAGCACAUGCACUCCCGCAGGCAUGCACGCACCAGGUUGGUUCCUUAGGCCUUGGGACCUCAGGAAGGGAGGGAGCAGGAUAUGAGCCCAGGAAAAUCCCCAUCAGUGAUUGCUGUAAAGUUCAUCACUGGCCCUAGAUAAUUCUGUGAGGUCAAAGAGUUUCUCUUCCGCCUCCCUCUUCUGGUCCUGGGUUAGUACUGCCUUCCCCGCUCUAAUUAGUGGCACAAAAGACCCUACUUCUUGGGGAGGAAGCAGGGCCCUCCGUGACUGGAAUCGGGUAACACUUGGGGAAAGCUAAGUAGGCCUCAGCACUCUGGGACCUGCCUAGGGAUUCAUUCAUUCAUUCUACAAAUAUUUAUUGAGCAUGACUGUCUCCCUGGAGCCCCUCCCUGCCAAGGAGAGGUACAGUCUCAAGGAACCUCCAUGCUAAUGACCAGAGUAGGUGGUACCUGGAAACCUGAGAGAAGCUAGUAGAACAGGAGAGGCAUUAUACUCCACCUCCAUUUCAACCCACCACUUUGCUGAACUUGGUCUCAAACUGGUCUAUACUAUAACCAACCUAUUUGUUAGCUGAACUUGUGUUGUUGUUAGGUGCUGUCAAGUCAGUUCCGACUCAUAGCAACCCUGUGUACAACAGAACAAAACACUGCCAGGUCCUGUACCAUCCUCACAAUCAUUGUUAUGCUUGAGCCCAUUGUUGCAACCACUAUGUCAAUCUGUCUUAUUGAGGGUCUUCUCUUUUUUGCUGACCCUCUAUCAAGCAUGAUGUCCUUCUCUAGGGACUGGUCCCUUUGGAUAACAUGUCCAAAGUAUGUGAGACAACGUCUUGCCAUCCUUGCUUCUUUGGAGUAUCCUGGCUGUGCUUCUUCCAUGACAGAUUUGUUCAUUGUUCUGGCAGUCCAUGGUAUAUUCAAUAUACCAGACUUGUGAGCAUCUAAUUAAUGGUCACUUGGGGAGAACCUUCUAAUAGACAGGUUUUUCCUUACAUCCUACUUAAAUCCCUUUUCGUACAGAUCAUGUCAUCUAAUCGGGUCCUCAGUAUAGAUGGAAGUAAAACAGAUAACUCAGAAUCCAUCACUGCAGAAACUCUGUGCCCCACACCCACCUCCCACCAUUUAAUAUCUUGAUGGAACAAUGCCAACACCUGUGGCUUACUGCCUCCGAAGUACCAUUUCCCACUUUUCCAUUACCUGUGGCCCCUGUGGUCUCUCUAGGCUCUCUGUGCCCCUCACAUAUGGAGUGGCUCCCCUUUCCCUGGUGCCUUUAGCCAGUUAGGCCUCCUGGGUUGAGCCUCUGUCUUAGUCUUUAACCGGACUGACGCCCACCUCCCUCACCCCCACAGCAACAAAAGAAGCUGAGUAUUUCCAGUGAGGAUUCCAUGGGAGCUUGCAUACUUAAACUGUCCACUGUCUUUGGACCACAUUAUCCCAGCAUAAUCUUAAGCCCACUAUCAGCAGCACCUCUGGUUACACAGGACCAAUGGUAGAUUUCUUCCCCAGAAGCAUCUACUCUGGGAAUCUGAGCUAGCAGUGGAAGGUUCAGGGACCAGGUGAGGAGAGCAGCAGAAAUGACAGGGCCCCUGCCAUAGGAGGAAAGGAUGGGAGGCUGUGUUCCCCCAAGCACAUAGUGGAGGAUACUGGAAUGGGAGGAAGUGGUGACACUGUUGGGGGCAGGGGUGCCAGAAAGGUCAAAGGAGCAAUAGAGAAGUGGUCAGAAGGCAGAGGAAGAAGCAGAUGAGGGAGAUAUCAGCAGGGCCCACCUGCUCCCCAAAAAAGACUUGGGGAAAAGGAAAAGAUCUUGAGGUUAACUUAUUCUUACUAGAACUGCUCCAGGGGUCCUCAGCUGGGAUAGGGCAGGAGACCAGCACCAGCCCAGGGAAAGCUUUAUCUGUCUGUGACAGUCACCUUUUCUCGCCUUAUGUGUUGCCAUUUGCUGUCCCAGAAAACCCAUGAUGAAGCCAGAGGGAGGAGAAAGAAGAAUAAGUCCUCUGAGAAAAAGCCCAAGAAGUCAGGAUUGUUUUCCCUGGAGAAGUGAAGGCUUGAGGGAGAGACCAGAAGGGUUUUCCACCCUUCAAAUUAUUUUAGGAAGUGAGAUGGUCUUUGUCCAGUUGGGUUGAGAACAUUGAAUAUAGACCAAUAGGAAUGGCACAUCUGCCCAGCAUGGACUUAAGUUGGACACAAAGAACCUCUCAGGGAUGAAGGGCUAUGAGUUUUUGCAAGGUCCCCAGAACCCCCUUCUCUAAAAAACUUAGGGAAGCAGCUUUGUUUUCAGGCCUGGUGAGAGGUCCGCUAAGAAUUUGGCCUCAUUCCUCCUCUACUUCACGUCUGGAUGUCGGGGGAUGAGGAUAUGGAUGGGGCAGUGUGUCUCCAGCUUGACAGAAUCUUAGGAGGUGGCAAGCCCAGCACUUCCCCUUGAUGGCAAGAACAGGGGUAAGGCAGGAAGGGUGUGCAGGGGUCUUCCUUGCUUGGUCCUGUCAAGUUUCCCAGGCUCCUGAGCCCCCCGGUUGGCAUUCAGGUUCGUCCUGGGGCCUAGGGAGGAUCUCUUGCCCACUGAGAGUCUCUCUGAGCUUCAGGCUCUACCCCCUGGGGGAAGGAAGACAAUCUUCCCCUUGGUGGGGGGAUAUUAAACAAUGCCAGUCUAAGAACCUAGUUGCUGGGGUCUCAGCUUUGCCCCGACCCCAACAUGCUGCUGGUCUCCUCAGGCUUGAAAUGGAGGGAAGGGGGAGAGGGAGGAAGAUUUAAUGAUGCACAGAGCACUGGACUCAGAGCCAGAGAGGCUUGGUCCUAAUACUGCUUCCCAGCUGGCUAACCUUGGGAAAGUCACUGUCUAGCUCUGAGCCACUGGUUUCUCAUCUGUAAAGCAGGAGGGUUGAACUAGGUGAUUGCCAAGCCGUCUAGCUAGCCUACUAAAAAAACAAAACCUCAAGUAAUUGAAAUUGGUCCUUGAUGCAGCCUCCCUUUCUCUUUUCCAGGCCUCUGUCUUUCCUUUGAUACCCACACCCAACCUCUCUGGCCCCUUUUUGCUCUCAGCAGACACACAACUAAUCCAGAGAUUCCCAACCUUUCCAAAUUCCUGGUGCUCUUCCCUCGUGAUAGGAGUUUUGCCUUAGUACCCACUAGUUGAGAAAAUCCAGUCAGUAACUCUUUUAAAAAGGGUCACUUAGUACCUAGAUACAUUUAAAGACUGCAGCCCAUCUAGGAGAGAGAGAUUAUUCAUUCUCUUUGCAGUCAGCACUGGUCCUUUUAUGGAUUGCCAAACCUUCUACAUUUACUCUCUGGCCAGCCAGGGGCUCGAGGUUCUGAAGGCUGGAAACUACAGGCCCAGUCCUUACAGCUAUUGUCAAUAAGGCCUGACACCUGUCCCUAUCCCCAAAGUUGAGUUUUUAGGGGAUGCUAAGCCCCAGAUAAGGAGCCCUGUUGGCACAGUUGUUAAGGCUUUAGGUCAUCAGUUAAAACCCACCGGCCUUUUCAUGGGAGAAAGAUGUGGCAGUUUGCUUCUGUAAAGAUUAGCCUUGGAAACCCUCUGGGGCAGUUCUACUCUUACCCUGUAGGGUCUCUGUGAGUCAUCAUCAACUCAGCAGCAGUGGGUUUUUUGGUUUAUGGAUCGGGGAGAGCCACCCUCUACGUGCCUCCAGAGUGAAGAGUAAAUAAAUGAAGCCUUUUAAAAGUUGAUAGCUGCCCACCCAGAGGCCAGAGGCUGCCUGGGUACGUGGGGAGAUUGUGAGAGUUCUCUUUGAGGGGCCUAAAUAGGGGCGCUGUGCCUGUCACUGGUUCACACCAUGGCCCAUCUCAGAUGACCUCCGUGGGGUGGUGGUUCCUAACCCUGGCUAAGCAUCAGAGUCACCCCAGCAGGUUGUGGAAAAUACAGACACUUGGACCCCGCCCCUGGAAACUCUGAGUCAGUAGGCCUGGGCGGACCAGCAUAUUUCAGUUUCACCAGCUCCCCAGGUGAUUCCGAUACCCAGCCUGUGUUAAGAGCCAAUAUUGCUUAGAGAUCAAGAACAGGGCUUUGGAGUCAGACCUUGGCAAAAUCCUUGACCUCUCUCAGCCUUGAUUUCCUCAUCUGUGAAAUGAGGAUAAUGAGGGGCCUUGCCUCAGGGCUGAGGAUUGAUUGAGAUCAGCAGGUGAGCUCCUGCUCAUCACUGGUCUCCACCCUUGCCAUUUCCUUUCCAACAUGGCUCCUCCCCUGGUCACACCCUCACCUCCCCCUCCCUCCCCACCACUGCACCACAGGAAGCCUGGGAGUCUGAGGUUGGCCCAGCUCUCUGGGGAGAGGCCCUGAGCCCUGAGUGUCUGGAGCCUUUAAUUCUGCCCUUAUCCUGACACCUGACAACUCACAGGGGUCAGAGCCUCUCCCUUGGGCUCUUCAGAAUCCAUAGUCAAAAGGCUCAGGUGAGAGAAAUGAGCUAAGUAGGUCUUUGAGGACAGUGUGGACAAGUGAGCCAAAAAAGGUAAGGAGCCCCUCAAAUAACUGAAAAGCUCCUAUGUGGCAGGUUCUAUUCUGGGAUGAAGGUGAGGUCCCUUAACACCCUUUUUUAGAGAGAUGAAAACUGAGCCCCUGGGGAGUUAAUUUGCUUGAAGAAAUUCAGUCCAUGUCUGUCUGACUUUGAUUUUUUUUUUUUUUUCCUACUUCUUCUGAAAAAGGGUUUAACUUCACUCAACACAUGUGAGUGUCCAUGUAUGCCAGGCCCAGUGAUAGAGCAGUGAACAAAACAGACAAAAAUCCCCACCCUUGUGGUGCUGGCAUUCUAGUCAGAGAGAUGGUAGAUGAAUAAAUAAAAUGUGUGGUGUAAUGGAAGAUGAUACACGACAUUGAAGAAAGUAAAGCAGAAACGGAGAUAGAGAGUAUGUAUGUGGGGAAGCAAGGGAGUUAUGAUUUAAAGAAGAUGGUCAGGGAAGGCCUUCCUAAGAAAGUGACACUGAGUAAAGACCAGGAGGAGAGAGUGAGCCAUGCAGUGACCUGGGUGAAGAAUGUUCCAGGCUGAGGGAACAGCAAGUGCACAGGCCCUGAGGCAAGGAGUAUGCCUGGCCUGUUUGAGGAACAUCAAAGAGGCCACACUGGCUGGAAAGGAGUGAGCAAAAGAGAUGAGAUCAAAGAAGGUACAGCAGGUCAGUUCACAUGGGCCCAGACACUUCUGGAAGGACUCAACCUUUUACUCUAAGAAUGAUGGGAAGCCACUGGAGCAUUUAGGCUAGAUUUGAGAAGCUCAUCAAAAACAUUCAGCAUGUGGGGGACACUGUACUGAGCUCCGGAGUCAGGGUUGGGAUUCAAGGCCAUCCUGCCCUCAAGGAAUGUAGAAUACCAGAAGUGGUCACACAAACAGAAAGGCGGAAGAAUAUCAUGACAGAGCAACUUAAUAAUGGCAUAUUAAUAACAGUGGCUAAUGCCACCCUUUGUCUUUCAUCUCUGUUGUUUAAAAAUUUUGUCAUAAAAGCAAUAUAUGCUGCUUGUUAGAAAAAGAUCAGCAUGCAGGAGAAUAUAAUUUUAAAGAGGAUGAAAUCUAUUAUAAAAGUAAAUUAUGUACCUGGCUGAAACAGUCAAAGAAUAGAGAAGAAUAUAAUGUUAAGGAAGUUGAAAUUCCCUCCCGCGUGCUCCGCUUCUCUCCCUGGGGAAUGAUCGCUUUUUUGUAUGUAGGAAUAAACAUAUUAGGUUGAACCAUAUGAGAUUGCUGACCUACUAAAAUAAAUUUCAUAUGGUUCAACCUAACCUUUACAACAUACUUAUUUUACAGGCAUUUUUUUCUGCAGCUUGCUUUUUUUCACCUGCCAGUAUAUUGUGUAUAUAUUUCCAUGUUUGUUCAUGCAGAUAAUAAAAAUAGUUCACAAAUUUUAUCAAGCAGUGCACUAUGCACCAGGUACCAUGCUAAGCACUUCACUCAAAACAACCCGGUGGAGCAGGCACUAUUAUUAUUAUCCUCCUGGAGGAGAAGACUGAGGUCUUGGAGAAAUUAAAUCACUUGCCCAUGAACACACAAGUGGCAGAACUAUUAUCUUUCCAAUCACACAUAGUGGCUUAUGACAUGGUGCACCCUAAUUCUGAAACCAUUCCAUAUUGAAGAAGUCUCAGGUUGCCUCCAAUUCUUCAUAUUAUAAACGAUACUACGAUGAACACCUUUAUACAGGCAGCCUUGUUCCCUUGAGCAUCUGUAGCUGCUUAGAAAUGCUGGGGCAAAGGUCAUGCCCAAUUUAAAGUUUGAGAGAGUCUUGCCCUCCAGAAAGACUGUACCAGUUGAUACCUCACCAGUAGGGCAUUAGAGUCUCCACUUCUUCACCACCUCCUCAGCACUUGGCAUUGUUAGUCUUUUGCAUCUUUGUCAAUCUGUUAGGUAAAAAAUAGUACUUUCCUUACAGGAAGGGAACUAACAUUUGCUCUGUGCAGACCCAAGUCUGGAACUCCAUAUAUCUCAUCUCACUCCAUCCUCACAGCCUCUGGAUGGCAGGUGCUGUCCCACAACCUGUACACAGUUCUGCACAUCCCCCAUGACCCCGUGGCCCUGGAGGAGCACUUCCGAGAUGACGACGAUGGUCCCGUGUCCAGCCAGGGCUACAUGCCCUACCUCAACAAGUACAUCCUGGACAAGGCCUGGUGGCAGGUGGAGGAGGGGGCUUUUGUUAAGGAGCACUUUGAUGAGCUCUGCUGGACCCUGACGGCCAAGAAGAACUAUUGGUUGGACAGCAACGGGACCAGCCUGCUGUCCAAUCAGGAUGCCUUCCGCCUCUGGUGCCUCUUCAACUUCCUAUCUGAGGACAAGUACCCUCUGAUCAUGGUUCCCGAUGAGGUGGAAUACCUACUGAAGAAGGUGCUCAGCAGCAUGAGCUUGGAGGUGGGCUUGGGUGAGCUGGAGGAGCUGCUAGCCCAGGAGGCCCAGGCAGCCCAGACCACCGGAGGGCUCAGUGUCUGGCAGUUCCUGGAGCUCUUCAACUCAGGCCGCUGCCUGCGGGGCGUGGGGCGGGACACCCUCAGCAUGGCCAUCCAUGAGGUCUACCAGGAGCUCAUCCAGGAUGUCCUGAAGCAGGGCUACCUGUGGAAACGAGGGCACCUGAGGAGGAACUGGGCAGAACGCUGGUUCCAGCUGCAGCCCAGCUGUCUCUGCUACUUUGCGAGUGAAGAGUGCAAGGAGAAAAGGGGCACUAUCCCGCUGGACCAGCACUGCUGCGUGGAGGUGCUGCCCGACCGCGAAGGGAAGCGCUGCAUGUUCUGCGUGAAGACUGCCUCCCGCACGUAUGAGAUGAGCGCCUCCGACACGCGCCAGCGCCAGGAGUGGACGGCUGCCAUCCAGACCGCAAUCCGGCUGCAGGCCGAGGGGAAGACAUCGUUGCACAAGGACCUGAAGCAGAAGCGGCGCGAGCAGCGGGAGCAACGGGAGCGACGCCGGGCAGCCAAGGAGGAGGAGCUGCUGCGGCUGCAGCAGCUGCAGGAGGAGAAGGAACGGAAGCUGCAGGAGCUGGAGCUGCUGCAGGAGGCGCAGCGGCAGGCUGAGCGCCUGCUGCAGGAGGAGGAGGAACGGCGCCGCAGCCAGCACCGCGAGCUGCAGCAGGCGCUCGAGUGCCAAUUGCGUGAAGCGGAGCAGGCCCGGGCCUCCAUGCAGGCUGAGAUGGAGCUAAAGAAGGAGGAGGCUGCCCGGCAGAGGCAGCGCAUUGAAGAGCUGGAGGAGAUGCAGCAGCGGCUACAGGAGGCCCUGCAACUGGAGGUGAAAGCUCGGCGGGACGAGGAGGCGGUGCGCCUUGCCCAGACCAGACUGCUGGAGGAGGAGGAGGAGAAACUGAAGCAGUUGCUGCAGCUGAAGGAGGAGCAGGAGCGCUACAUCGAGAGGGCACAGCAGGAGAAGCAAGAGCUGCAGCAGGAGAUGGCACAACAGAGCCGCUCCCUGCAGGAAGCCCAGGAACAACUAGAAGAGGUGCGGCAGAACCGGCAGCGGGCGGAUGAGGACGUGGAGGCUGCCCAACGGAAGUUGCGCCAGGCCAGCACCAACGUGAAACACUGGAACGUCCAGAUGAACCGGCUCAUGCAUCCAAUUGCGCCCGGAGACAAGCGUCCCACCAGCAGCAGCUCCUUCACAGGCUUCCAGGCCCCUCUGCUUGCCCGCCGUGACUCUUCCCUAAAGCGUCUGACCCGCUGGGGAUCCCAGGGCAAUAGGACCCCUUCGCCCAUCAGCAGUGAGCGGCAGAAGUCCCUCAACGGUGGAGAUGAACCUUCCAUCCCGACUUCCACCCCUCAGGAAGAUAAACUGGACCCUCCCAUCCUGGCUUCCACCCCGCAGGAAGAUAAACUGGACCCAGCACCAGAAAAUUAGCCUCUGCUAGACCUUCGUUCCCCACAGUCUCAUGCCCACUAGAACCCGGCCACAGCUGGCCUGUGGGUGACUCUGGCCCCUGCUGGUGCCAGGGGCCCAGGCCCUCUAAUCAUGAAACAGUCCAGGACGAAGCCUGGUUCAUCUUUCGCUCCAGCCCCAGGCCCCAGACCCCAGACUACUGAGGCUGUCUGGGAUGUUGAUCCUUGAGAACUUGGCCAUGUGCCUUAGCCCCAAGGACCCAAUGACCUGGUCUGGGAGUGAAAAAAGCAGGAGAAGCCAUCUGCCCCCAGGCUGCCACCAAGUUAUGGAGGCACAUUUCUAAAUAAAAACUGCUCUUGAAAAGAAGUAUUGGUUCAGGUCUGCUGUCCAUCUCUUCUGCCGUUCCCUCCCUCCCUCAAGUCCAGUUAUAGGUAUUCACAAGGGCGGAUUAACCAGUAAGCAAGGUGCACAGGGGCUUACUUGUGUUUACUUACUAAUCUGUGGUGCACAGUUUUACAUGGGUUAAAAAAAAAAAACAGGUGAAA